GGCUUCUGCUUCUGAUGGGGAUGAAGAUGGCUUUGGGACUCGCUCGGCGACUCGAGGUCUGGGCGAUGAUGAGGGUCGGCUGCCGGUGGAGGCUAUGGUGCUCAAUAAGGGCGGACAUGAGGGCUUUGUCCGGAGGGGUCUGGGUCGGCUUGGUGCAGGCUAUCAGACGCUGGACGCAUCCCGGCCGUGGAUCGUGUACUGGUGCCUCAACGCGCUGGAUCUGAUGGGCGCGCCGCUUGGGGAGGAUCUGGAGGCCGGCGUCAUCUCGUUCCUCAGCCACUGCCAGGAUCCAAACGGUGGCUUUGCCGGCGGGCCAGGCCAGCUGGCGCAUCUGGCGCCAACCUAUGCAGCUGUCUGCGCGCUCUCGAUUGUCGGCUCGCCCGAGGCCUAUGAGGUCAUCGACCGUCCGGCGCUGCGGUCGUGGCUGCUCUCGCUCAAGGCAGAGUGUGGCGCGUUCUGCAUGCACCACGACGGCGAGGUCGACACUCGUGCUUCUUACUGUGCUGUUCAUGUGGCAAGCGUUACCGGCAUUUUGGACGACGAGCUCCGGCGCGGGGUCGGUGAGUUUGUGGCAUCGUGCCAGGGCUUUGAUGGCGGCAUCGGCGCGUUGCCCGGCAGCGAGCCGCACGGCGGCUACACGUACUGCGGCCUGGCGGCGAUGCUGCUCGUGGGCUCAACGCAUCUUUUGCGGAUGGAGCCGCUGCUGUUCUGGGUGGCUUCGCGGCAGAUGCGGGUCGAGGGCGGGUUCCAGGGUCGGACCAACAAGCUUGUCGACGGCUGCUACUCGUUCUGGCAGGGCGCGGUGCCGCCGAUGGCGGCCUGGGCACUCUCGCACGGCGCCGACUCUGUCUAUGAGGUCGGAACCAUGUACGCACCGCCACAGAGCAUCGCACCCGGCGAGGUUGUUGAGGCCCGGUUCGUCCGCGGCGGCAGCCAUCUGUUCUCGCAGGAGGCGCUGCAGGACUACAUCCUGGUAGCUGCGCAGCAGCCGCGUGGCGGGCUGCGGGACAAGCCCGAGCGGUAUGCAGACUACUACCACACAUGCUACAAUUUGGCGGGCCUCUCUGUGGCACAGCACAACUCGGAUGGAUCGCUCACCAUUGUUGGCUCGCCGUUCAAUCUCCUCCAGCCCGUCGACCCGGUCUACGCCAUCUCGCAGAACAAGGCCAUCCAAGCUGUCCGCUACUUUGCCGACCUUGGCCCUGUCAUGUAGAGCAAUGAUAAACACCACGCGUCCAGCCU